AGCUCGGAGAGGCGGCUCGGUGGCUGCAGACACAGGCCCGGCUGACAGCCGAGACGCGGGGCGCGCCGGCCGCCGCAGCUCCGGGACCCAGCAUGCGCCGCUCGGUCUGGCUGGCGCUGGCCGCGUCGCUCCUGCACGUGUCUCUGCAAGGCGAGUUCCAGAGGAAGCUUUACAAGGAGCUAGUCAAGAACUACAACCCCUUGGAAAGGCCCGUGGCCAACGACUCGCAGCCGCUCACUGUCUACUUCUCCCUGAGCCUCCUGCAGAUCAUGGACGUGGAUGAGAAGAACCAGGUUCUAACCACCAACAUCUGGCUACAAAUGUCCUGGACAGAUCACUAUUUACAGUGGAAUAUGUCAGAAUAUCCGGGCGUGAAGACUGUGCGAUUCCCAGACGGCCAGAUUUGGAAGCCAGACAUUCUUCUCUAUAACAGUGCUGAUGAGAGAUUUGAUGCCACGUUCCACACCAAUGUGUUAGUGAAUUCUUCUGGGUACUGCCAGUACCUCCCUCCAGGCAUAUUCAAGAGCUCCUGCUACAUUGAUGUACGCUGGUUCCCCUUCGACGUACAGCAGUGCAAACUGAAGUUUGGGUCCUGGUCCUACGGGGGCUGGUCCUUGGACCUCCAGAUGCAGGAUGCAGAUAUCAGUGGCUACAUCCCGAAUGGAGAGUGGGACCUUGUGGGAAUCCCGGGCAAGCGGAGCGAGAAGUUCUACGAGUGCUGCCGAGAGCCAUACCCAGACGUCACCUUCACGGUGACCAUUCGUCGCAGGACCCUCUACUACGGCCUCAACCUGCUCAUCCCCUGUGUGCUCAUCUCUGCUCUGGCCCUGCUGGUCUUCCUGCUCCCUGCAGACUCCGGGGAGAAAAUCUCCCUCGGGAUAACGGUUCUGCUCUCUCUCACCGUCUUCAUGCUUCUGGUGGCUGAGAUCAUGCCUGCGACUUCUGACUCAGUGCCCUUGAUAGCCCAGUACUUCGCCAGCACCAUGAUCAUCGUGGGCCUCUCUGUGGUCGUCACCGUGAUCGUGUUGCAGUACCACCACCACGACCCCGACGGCGGCAAGAUGCCCAAGUGGACCAGAAUCAUCCUCCUGAAUUGGUGCGCAUGGUUCCUGCGCAUGAAGAGGCCAGGGGAGGACAAGGUGCGCCCGGUCUGCCAGCACAAGCAGCGUCGCUGCAGCCUGGCCAGCGUGGAGAUGAGCGCGGUGGCGGGGCCCCCGGCCACCAACGGCAACCUGCUCUAUAUCGGCUUCCGCGGCCUGGACGGUGUGCACUGUGCCCCCACCCCCGACUCGGGGAUCGUGUGCGGCCGCCUGGCCUGCUCCCCUACGCAUGACGAGCACCUGCUGCACGGCGGGCCAUCCUCCGACGGGGACCCAGAUCUGGCCAAGAUUCUGGAGGACGUCCGCUACAUCGCCAACCGCUUCCGCUGCCAGGAUGAGAGCGAGGCGGUCCACAGCGAGUGGAAGUUCGCCGCCUGCGUGGUGGACCGCCUGUGCCUCAUGGCCUUCUCCGUCUUCACCAUCAUCUGCACCAUCGGCAUCCUCAUGUCGGCGCCAAACUUCGUGGAGGCCGUCUCCAAGGACUUUGCUUAGCAUGGACCUGGUCCCCAGCCUGUAGGAAGCGUGUUGGCUUGGGGACUACUGGGGGCGCUGAUCCCACCGCGGCAUUCAACGGGAGGGCGUCAGUGCACCCCAUCAAUGGGAUGUCAGCACGUUUUUGUUGAAUCCUUUCAGAUCCGUGGAGCAUCCUCCCGGUCUGCAGGACCAUUGAGAGGUCAUUUUGUCCAUCCCCCGCUACCUGGUGAGCCCUUGCAUAGAGGUGGGUGGCUCAGGUCUGCCAGGGAGGCCUGCCCAGUUGGUUUGCAUGCCUGCAUGUCACUUGCCAGGAAGGCCUACGUGACAAUCCAAUGUAAGCUUUUGCCUGUGUACAAACCUAGAUUGAAACUAAUAAUAAUAAACCACACUCGCUAAAUCCAUUCAGAUAAUUGACUGGUGAAAGGAAACAGAACUAAACCAAACUGAAACUGAAAACCCAACUGCUAGUUCUUCUAUAAUUCGGAUUUUAUUUACCAAAGGCAGUUGGUAGAGAGAAACAGUUUUAUGCUGUUUCUAUAUUUUUGUUUUGUUUUAAAGAGGGAGAAAGACAUAGUUGGUCUUGUAAAUUAUGCUGUUACCUGUUACUGUGUGAUUUCUGCCAACCUACCCUGUGAAGGGAAGGACCUGAUCCCAUCAAGUCAGGGAUUUCUGUAGAUUGCAGGUGACUCCCAAGUUUUCUGUACUGCCCCAGUCACCGGGCAGUUGAGUAAGUCUGCUUUGUUCUGCAAAAUGCAAAGGACAGUAGAGUUCUAUUAGACUUGCCAGCCCAAAGUAAUAGCUACAGCUAAAUUAAACCAUCUGUGUGUUUUUUAAAAUAAUGAUUCGACGGUUCACAUGUACUGAAGUGGAUUAGAUUUAGAAAUUUGUGGAUCCAUUUAAUGUGAAAGUAUUCCAUGAUUUUUUUCCAUGUGAUAGGGCGUGGGACCUCCUCUGACUCCGCAUGGCAGGAAAGGGAGGGAUGGUGUGGCUGAUGGCUUUCCUAGAUGAAGGCCAGUAGUGGUCAGCAGGACGGGCUAAUAGUGCUGCACAGAGCCAGCCAGUGACUACAGCUCCUGGCUUUGGGGGCGCUGCCUCCCUGCAGCUGGUCCACCCAGCCUCAGUCCAGAGCGCUAGCUCAGGGGGAGAUUCACUGGAGAUUGUGCUGAAAGCAAGGGAAACUUUUCCUUUUAAAUCUAAGUGGUGACAGAAUUCUCUACUUCGAUUAUUUAGCUGACAGUAGUCACUUUGCCUCUUCCCGCGAUUUCUUAUUUUUUAAUGAGAUCACAGGGAGACACAAGGUGAGCUCACCUGUUCCAUUGUUUUAUCCAGUAACAGCUCAGAGCUCAAAACUGCAGAAGGCUCGGAGCCACUGGGGAUCUUUAAUUUGUUUCUAACCCCUAAGAUGGGUACGUCAUGAGUGAAGAUUAGAUUUUCAGAGCAAAAGAAAUCGCAUACUUUUCUCCAGCCGUUUAUUUCACUCAUUUCUGGGUAAUGAACUGGGUUUGUUUGCACGAAGGACGAUGGCGGCCUGCACAUGCGCCGUGUGUGGUGGUGGUGGGGGGAGGUGUGGUGCGCAGGCUCAGACGGGACACCUUCUUUAUAGGGAGGCUGAUUAAUAAGGCCAUGAGAGCAUCACCCCUUUGGAGCAGGGUCGGCCUCAGUGCCCACCCAUUCUUCAUGGAAUGGAUACAGGAUGCACAUGUUUUCUUUUUUCUUUUCUAUUAAUCUAUAUAUAAAACAAGUAGAAUGUUUUGAUAUAUAAAGAGAAUGCUUCAUUUCUUAUUACUAUCUGCAAAGUGAUCCCUACGACAUUUUUGCGUUUAAAAAAAAAAAAAAACUUUUUGGUUUUGCAUUUUAUAAUGAAAAAAAAAACCACACAAAAAAGCAAACAAAAGCAGCUCAUAUACUGACCACCCAAAUGACUAUUCUGCCAGUUUAAAUUGUAGCCAUAAGGAAGAGAUGCACACAUCCUUAGAAAAGUAGGAAUGACUGUCAACAGCCUCCACCACACUCCUGUUUUCUCUCCUUACUCGGGGCCACCAGUGAAUUCUGGGGAAGUGGUGGAAUUUCCAGAAAGCAGGAAAGGAAGGGAGGGAGGCACUUAGAAGAGAGAGGAAAGGGGGAAUGGAGAGAGACAUUCCUUUCUAGCACCCAUGCUAUGCACAGAGCUCUGCACUUUGUUUUCUUAGUGGUUUAUCUCAGAGAUCUUUCCAGAACAACAUAUAAAGACCUACCUCAUUUUUAACUGCUGCUUUGCAUUCCACAUCACUGGACUGUAAGUUCUUUGAUUAGUCUUUCUUUUAGUAGUGAACAUAUAGACUAUUUCCAGUUUUUAUUUUUGUACACAGAUCUAUAAUUAACAUCCUUGUUCUAUCUGAGCAUACUUUUCUGAUCAUAUCUUGGUAUAAAUUCUAACUUGGAAAUGGGAUUGCUGGGUUUGAGGCUCUGUGCAUUUCACAUGUUGAUAGUUAUCGCCAGAUCCAGACACUGAUUGACGGUUACACUUGACAAGAGUGUAACAAAAGGGCCGAUUUCUGACCUUUCUCAACACUGAGUAUUAUCAACUUAAUUUUUUUCCAAUCUGAUUGGUGAAAAAUAUUUCAAUAUUCCUCGGAUUCAGUUAAUUUUAUUCUGAGUGAAGUUGAACAUCUUUUCAAAAAUUAUUUGGCAAUUUCAGCUUUUGUAAAUUUAUAUCCUUUCCACAAUUUUCAAUUGGGUUAUUUGGGUUUUUCUUAAUUAAUUUGCCUGUACACUUUGGAACCUUUCUUAUGUCUUGAAAUAUUUUUAUUUGUUUAUUAUUUGUCUUUUGAUGUUAUUUAUUGAUUUGUUUAUUUAUUGGCAUAUAGAAAGUGUGAAGUUUUAUGCUGUCAAUUUAUUCAUUUUAUCCUUUUGCGAUCCUAGGAUUUGUUUCUAGUUUUUAAAGGUCUUCCCCAUUCUGGCUCCCUGUGUGGCAGGAACGGGAGGGCAUGGUGUGGCCCUGGAUGACAGGCCAGUCGUGGUCAGUAGAGAUUAAAAAUAAACUUACUCGUAUUUUCUUCUAAAUCCUUAUGGUUUCAUUUGUUUACCUUUACAUCUUCUAACUCCCUGGAAUUCGUUUACUGCAGGUAAUAUGGGUAAAGAUGCAUUUUUUUCCCCUCUCCAAACAGUUGGUUUGUGCCAACAGAAUAUGUUACAGUGUAUUUUGGUAACAUAAUUAUAAUCUUUUCCCCACAAUUAUAAUCUUGUUCAAAAUGCUACCUUUUGGUAAACUAAAUUCCUUUAAGUGUUUGGAUCUAUUUCUGUUUUAUUAUCUCUCCAUGAAUGCCUUUAAAUUCUGAGGCUUUAUUCAUAUUAGUAUCAAGUAUUCAUAUUAAUAUUAAUAUUUUCAAGUCAACACUCUCAACACACUCUCUCUCUCUCUCACACAUAUACACACCUUUUUUUAAAUUGGAGUUACAAUGAAUUAUAGACAAUUGAGUCUAUUCAAGAAUACUACAGUCUAGGCUUAUAUUCAAAUCUAAUAUUAUGUCACUCAGUAGGUUUAUGGUUUUGUUCAGGCAGGUCCUAUAAACUUCUUGUUGCUUAUUUCUAAAUAUUUUAUCACUUGGCUACCAUUUUCAAUGGAAUGAUUUUUCCCAUUUCAUUUUCUA